GGCACACGCGGGGAGAAAGCCCAGACCCAACCAGCUGCGGCUGUCCAGCCUGCUCCUCCCACUCAGCAGGGCACUUGCUCUUCCCUGUUCUCACCAGAGAGGCACAAGCGCUCCGUCCUUCCCAGCGGCAGGCAAAAGGAAGAGAAAGGGUCUGUUGUUUUCCUCUCCUGUUUCUCUCUCUGUCUCUGCUGAUCACUAAGCUGCUGACCAAGUAAGAAAGCCUUGAUGGAAAUCUUCCAGUGCUAGGCAGGCCCCUCCUCCUCUAGGGAGCUUGUCCUUGACGAAUUUUUCUUUGUCCCGAUGGAAAAGAGAGAGAGAGGAAGAAACAAAACCACAAACUUCCUUUGAAAACCAGUUUGUACGCAGGGCCUGGAGCACAUGCCGGAGACUCAGCUACUCAGGAAUCCUGAAGACGCUUGGAGAGAGCCCAGGACUGCGCCCUGCUUGCCCUCACCCUGCUGCGUUGCCCCCAGCCCCGGGUGUGAGUCCGGAAGUGGCCACAACCCGCCAGCCCGGCCACGCUCGCGCUGAACCUGUGUCAACCUGUACACGCCUGGCAUUGACAGCCGGGAGGCAGCACGCUCUGGUGACCCUCGCCGUCCUCCCCCUCCAUCAAACUGUCAGAGCAGAACCCUCCUUUCUGUCCUGGAACUGCACCACUUAAGGGAAGCUGAGUCCACUCAAAGCACUCAACGCCCCGCCCAGAGUCCUCCCUGUUAAGCCUGCAAGCCCAGCCUGCGCCGACCCCAUCUGGUCACAGCAAGUUAGUGGUGGAGAGCUCAGUCCGAGUCCUUCUGUGUACACAGCAGGGAAAGUCAGGUGCUGUUCCAAGCUAGGAGUGACUGUGUAGACCGAGCCAGCUUCUGAACUACGUCCACUUUCCAAGCCUUUUCCAGGUCUCUGCUUUGCGACCCAAUGAUCUUGGUGGGUAGGGCUGGCCUUUGUACACCAGGACUGGCCUAGGCAAAGUCCCAGGUCAGGAAACACCGUCAGGAACCCUUAGUUGACUCUUUCCCACCAUGGCACAUGUUCAGUCUGAGCACCUGGGCCCUGAUAAGGCCAGAAGUGCAGAAGCAGUCACCUGGGAAAACCACGAAGUCCCCUUGGGAUCUGAGGAGCAGCCUCAGAACGCAGAUGCCGAGGAUGGCAAUGGGGAGAGAGAGCAGGGAGACCAAAGAGAGCCGGAGCCAGGAGACCAAACUCCACUCCCUGCCCAGGGCGGGGAGAACCUCGAGUGCCCCCCACCUGAAGCCCACGCGCGUCCACCUGGGCCAGCCUGCGGGAAGUUGCCCAAAACAGAGGCGAUUGGGGCCUGCUCCAGGCCCCAGGAGCUCCCCCAGUCCCCCAGGGCCCGGCAGCCUGAGCCGGACUUCUACUGCGUGAAGUGGAUCCCCUGGAAGGGAGAGCGGACGCCCGUCAUCACACAGAGCGCUAACGGCCCGUGCCCUCUGCUCGCCAUCAUGAACACCCUCUUUCUUCAGUGGAAGGUGAAGCUGCCUCCCCAGAAGGAAGUGAUCACGUCAGACGAGCUCAUGGCCCACCUUGGAGACUGCCUCCUGUCUAUCAAGCCCCAGGAGAAGUCAGAAGGACUUCAGCUUAACUUUCAACAGAAUGUGGAUGACGCAAUGACAGUGCUGCCUAAGCUGGCCACAGGCCUGGACGUGAACGUGCGGUUCACGGGCGUCUCAGACUUCGAGUACACGCCCGAGUGCAGCGUCUUUGACCUCCUGGGGAUCCCUCUGUAUCACGGCUGGCUUGUGGAUCCUCAGAGUCCUGAGGCUGUGAGUGCAGUUGGGAAACUGAGUUAUAACCAGCUGGUAGAGAAGAUCAUCACCUGCAAACACUCCAGUGACCCCAACCUUGUGACAGAAGGCCUGAUUGCAGAGCAGUUCCUGGAGACCACUGCGGCACAGCUGACCUAUCACGGCCUUUGCGAGCUUACUGCAGCUGCCAAGGAGGAUGAACUUAGCGUCUUUUUCCGGAACAACCACUUUAGCACUAUGACUAAGCACAAGAGUCACUUGUACCUACUGGUCACAGACCAGGGUUUUCUCCAAGAGGAGCAAGUGGUAUGGGAGAGCCUGCAAAAUGUGGAUGGGGACAGCUGCUUCUGUGACUCUGACUUCCACCUCAGCCAUGCCCUGGGCAAGGCGCCUGGAGCAGAAGGUGGGGACGGCUCCCCGGAAAAGCAGCUGCAGGUAGACCAGGACUACCUAAUUGCCUUGUCCCUGCAGCAGCAGCAGCCCCAAGGCACGCUGGGCCUGACUGACCUGGAGCUGGCCCAGCAACUUCAGCAAGAGGAGUAUCAACAGCAGCAAGCAGUCCAGCCCGUGCAGACGCGGGCCCCACUGCCCCAGGGAAGAGGAGCCGCAUCUGGACGGCCAGCUGGGGAGCGGCGGCCGAGGCCAAAGCACCAGUCAGACUGUGUUCUGCUGUAGCGCUGCCCCUUCUUCAGAGGCUGUUGUUGGUUUGUUUGCUUCCCCACCUCCGCCCCUGAGAUACACAGGGUAACUUAUUUAUGGACUGUUGGGGGUCAGGGCCGGCAAGGACAGACUCAGCAACAUCCUUGCCCUCAUUGCUGCUGCCUUCUCUUCCUCCCACCCAGGGAUGGGUGGGGUGAAGAUUUCUGGUCUCCUUCCCUUCCCCAGAAUAGUCUCUUGAAUACACAAACUCAGGCUCCAGGGUGAGGUCCCUCUCUGGAAUGCAGAUCUCUCCUGCUUCCUGUCUCAGACUGCCUGGGGGCUCCUGGCUACUGCAGGUCUCUUUCCAUUUGUUUCAGGGUUUGAUUUGGGUUUCUAUCUGUUAUUUGUAAUACCUGCCUAAGGUUUGGAAAUAAAACUUCUUUCCUGAGA